AUGUUGGGAGACGAGCUGAAUUUACGUCUUGGCUACGACAACAGAGUUUUCGCAAGAGUUAUCAAGACUCGAGAGUUUAUAUUCACGGAGAGCGAUUUUGCUGUUCUAAGCGAAUACAAGAGCCAAAGAACAAGAUACGUUGCAUUUUCUCAAAUGUACUUGCAUUAUGUGUACCUACGCGCCGAAAGAACGACUGCAAAAUACGUUAACAAAGAUAUGAAAGCUGGCAUUGCGUCCAUGGUGAAGACGUUAUCCCCAAAUACCAUCAACCUGUACGUGGUCAAGCUUGCACACAAGCUCUUUGUUUUGUUCAACGGACAUCGACUAUCGCCGUUUGAAGAGUACGCAUUUCUUCCAGAGGAUGAGAUCAGUCUGCUUACAGAAAACUUGGAGAUCAAAGAGAAGGUGAGUGAAAAGAUGGAGAUUCUGGGUAGGUGCUUUAGCAGCUGUAUCCGUAGUGAUGAAUACCGUGAGCACCUUGUGCGAUGGAUAUGCAUGUGCCCGUUUGACUUCCCCACAUGGGACAGCUUUGAACUUGCCUGUCCUGAGAAUACAGUGUCAAAAGUAAGACGGCUGCUUGAUACUAUCCAAUUUCUGGUUCGGUUUACCAGCUUUGCCACAACAGAAAUGUUAAGGAGCCUAAAAAGUGGUUUACAUCAGGGACGUUCCUUCCACCUGAGAACUUUUGGAGCUGAUUCGGCAAGCUGUACAGCAGGGUUGUGA